GCUGGUAAGCUCUACUGCCCGUGCAGAUGUGCUGGCAGCAUCAAGUGGAUUCACGAGGAGUGUCUGCAAGCUUGGUUGCGGAGCAAAGACGGCAAGACGGCUUGCGAGUUGUGUGGACAUUCCUUCGACUUCGUUCCGGUUUAUUCCAAGAAUGCACCGCAGCGCCUGACCGUCUCCGACUGGGUUGGAGCCUUCUGCUCGUCUUCCUACCGCGUUGGUCAUCGCGUCUUGCGUGUUCUUUACGCUGUUGGACUUUGGGGUUUCUUGCUUCCCAUCCUGACGAUCAUGGCCACACGCUCGAUCUUCGGGAGGCAACCCAGGCCCGCAUUCGGAUCAGCGUGGCACGUUCUUGCCUUGACCUUUGACAUCUUGAUCGGGGAGUGCUUGUCUGUGGCAGGCAUAGCUUUCAUAUACUUGUUGUCCUUCCUUACUGCUGUGCGAAGUUCGCUGCCAGCAGAUGCAGCAUCUUCACAAAGUGAAGGUGCAGCACCUGCGCUUGUGGAUGUACAGCUUCAGCCAGUGGCCGGCGAGGAGACGACGACGGACUCUCACGAGUCCACCGUUUCAGUGGGAAUUCAGGUCGACACGCGGCAACGGCAGGAAGAGGUGGACCCGGAAGAGGAUCUGCUGAACAUCAUGGGCUUGCAGGGCAACCCUGUGCGCUCCUUGUUGAGCAUGCUGACCUUCCUGUGUGCCAACGUGGCGGGUAUCUACACUUUCUUGGGUUUGCCUUCCUACCUGGGUCGCUGGACCCUGGCUCGGGUGCUACCCUGGAUCCAGGCCGUGGCUCCAGAAGUCGUUAUGCUGAUAUCGUGGUCUUCGAGUGACGAGAGCUCUCGCUCAAGAGGAGCGAGGUCUUCCGUGGAGCUUCCCUCUGCUGGGGUGAACGUCAUACUGGACCUCCUGGCCUUUCUCUUUGGGUAUGGUGUCUUGGCGUGUUGCAUGAUCGUUUUUGUGCUGGGGCUGCUGUUAGUUGGGGCGGUCACUGGGUGCGGCCAGAAUUCGCGAAGUUGGCAGGCAUGCCGGACCCUGGUCGUUGCUGCCAGAAGCCACCUGUGCGAGAGCAUCUUGCAAACAUGGCAGCGGAUUCAGCGCAUCGCAGUGGCCUUGCUGCAGCUUGUGGCCUUUCCUUCAUACGUUGGCCAUUUAGUGCUAUGCCUUCUCGCCGGACCUGUGCUUCACCUGUCACAGCAGGGGAGAGCCUCGCUGAUGAGUGCCAACCCGUUCAUCACCUUCGUGAUGCAGCUGUUUAUUGGUUAUGUGCACCUCUGGGGAUUCGCCUUCAUGGAGGGCUGCGUUGCCAAUGUCCUCAUGCCGGACGUUGUGCAGAGAGCUUCUCUGAACUUCUUUGUGAGUGCCAUCAACUGCCAUAGGCGCCUCUUCGGCACGAUGACAGAAGAGCUGGGCUUGUCUGAAGCCACGCCGCUGCCGCCACACUGGGCCACACUGAAGCUUUCGCUCAUCCAUGUUGCCGUGCACACGCCUCUGGUCUUUGCGGUGUGGUACUUGCCGGCCUUCCUCCUCGACAGGCUUGUGGGAGAGGCGCUCUUUCCGAUGCUGCUGGUGGACCAGACAGGUGAUGUUAUCGAAGGGCUUCAUCGUAGAGAUCCCUUCUCCUUGUCUGGCCCUGUCGGUGUACCUGCUCGGCCCAACAGCAAAGCAAAAAAUGGCGGAAUGGCAGAAGGCCAGUCGCUCUUCGUGCUGGAGCUAAUGCAGCUCUACGUGCUGGUCCUGCAGUGCAUCCGAAUCCUCGAGACAUCGCCUGUAAUGACGCGACUCAUCUCGUCCGGGUUGCGAUGUUGGCUUCGUGCCAUCGGCUUCGGGCAUCUCUUGGUUGGUGAGUCGCCAGCACCGUCUCAGGCGCAGUCUGAAGCGGAUUGGUCGAAUUGGGUGGUGAAACCCUGGAAAUUCCUGGGAGUUUCCGGGCUUGUUGUCGUCAUCUGCUGGUCAGUGAUGGCGUUGGUCCUGGCUCUGCCCCUGGCUACUGGAAGGCUGAUCGUGGGCCUGAUCUUGUCCUCACAGGCAAAGCGGUUUUCGGAUUUCCUGCCGCUGAGCAUGGGGGUCGUGGUGGCGUCAGCUUGGAUUCUCGUGACCGUGAAGCUGGGUGAGGCUCUGCCGCGAAUCCUAGAGCAAGCCUCGGCACUGAGGAGACACAGGUGCUUGCACAUCCUCGCCUGUGGCUUCUCAGCUGGAGCAAUGCUUCUCACAGUGUCCUUCACCCAGCCGUUUCAGCCUGCAUCAUUCCGUUUGCAACAAAUGUUUGGCCGAGUCAACGGUGCUGCAGCAGCUUGGAACUUUCUCCGCCGAGCGGAGGAUUGCCUUCAGCCGUAUAGAAGUGGCUCCCGUGCCUUCUUCUUCAAGAGCAAGUCUGAGGGACCCCUCCUGGGAAUCCAGGGCCUGGAUUCAGCCGAAGACUUUCCGGUCUUGGCAGCAGAUGUUGUCAAGCAGAGCCGACAAAAGCUGGAUGGCCUAGCAGCGUGCGGCCCGCUUGAAACGGUCUCGCUAUUGGACGAUGUGUCGAAUGGCCUCUGUCAGAUAGCGGAUGCUGCUGAGCUGAUACGCAAUGUCCAUCCAGACGAGGCCUACAGUGUCAACGGUUCCGCUGCAGUCCAAGAGAUCGCCGGGUACAUGAGUGAGGUGAACCUCGACACGACGGUCUACAAUUGCAUGAAAAACUCCGAAAAUUCCAAAGGCGUUGAAACCAUGCCUCUGGAAGCUUGCAACGUGUUGCGUCACAUGCGUGUGUCGAUGGAGCACGAAGGCAUUCAUCUCGCGGAAGCGGAGAAGCAAGCAUGCAUGCAAAUGCUGGAUGCGGAGCAGCAGCUGUCUUUCGACAUAGUUCAUAGACAGGAGCAGGUGCGUCAGCAGGUGUCUGCUGAGACGGAGGGAGCAUGGCUGUCGGUGUCAGCGCUGGACAGCCUAAACUUGCAUCAGUGGCGACUUAAGCGCCAGAAUGCUGGUGGUGGCGAAGAGGUCCACAUUCCCCGUGAUACAUUUCUUGCUGAUAGGAUACUGAAAACCGUCCCGUGUGGCGAGACACGGCAAAGAAUGCACCAAGCGCAGCAGAGCCGGGACACCACCGGAGAGGAGAUGAUGCUGCAGCUACUCUCGGUGCGACAGCAGCUCGCGAAGAUACGCGGCUACGACACUUGGGCCCAUUAUGCACAAAGGGAAGCUCUUUUCGAGGGCCCAGAGAAGGUUCAAGAGUUCCUCGAAACUGCCUGGGACGCUUUGAGGCCCGGCUUCCUGAGAGAGCUACAGCUCCUGGCGGACGAGAAGCAAAGCAUCGGCCUUGGUGAUUCCUUGGAGCCCUGGGACAUACCGUUUCUCUUGCGGAGGUGCAAGCAGAGGCACAGAGAGGCCGAUGAGCUUUCAGAGUACCUGAGCUACGGCUCCCUGAUGAAGGGUGUGGAGUUGGUGCUCUCUCGGCUACUGGGCCUAGCUUUCGUCCAAGAGGCUCCCGACCCCGGCGAAGUCUGGCAUCCCUCGGUUCAGAAGUUCGCGCUCCGUGAAGACGAGCGAACCAUUGGCAUCCUGUACUUGGACCCUUUCCCGCGUGCCGGCAAGAAGGUCCAAUCUGCGCAAUUCACCCUGCAAGGGUCAAAGGCAUUGCCAGAUGGACAACUUCAAGUCCCGAAGACUUGCCUGGUUUAUGCUCUGCCCCCUGGCUCGCAAAGCCUGUCUACGAGCUUUGCCAUCACUUUCAUGCACGAGAUUGGGCAUGCGGUCCACUCGUUGCUCUCCGAGACUCGUUUCCAACACCUGUCCGGAACACGCGGCACGAUUGACUUUGUUGAGUUUCCCUCUCACUUGUUCGAGCACUUCGUGCUGGAUCCAGACUGCCUGAGCCUGUAUGCCUCGCAUGCUAGCACAGGCUCCAAGCUGCCAGAGAACCUGCGAGCUGCGCACCGUUAUCGGCCCUUCGGGCAUUUCGAGGCGGUUCAGCAGCUGGUUUACGCGCUGGUGGACCAAGCGUUCUACUCCUUCCAGCCGUCCGCGUCGUCGGAUCUACAGUCGCAUCUGCACGGAAGGCUUGCGAGCUUCGAGCAGGGGCUGGACGGGCCCUGCAACGCAUCGCUGCUCGAGCUGCUGGGCCUCUCCACAGCGACGGCACGCUUCGACCACCUGGUCCACUACGGCGGCUCCUACUACUGCUACCUCUUCAAUCGAGCUCUGUCGGCACACGUCUGGCAUCGGAGUUUUCGUCCAGACCCCUUCAAUCGCGAGACUGGCGAGCGCUUGCACAGUUUGCUGAGAGGAGGUUCAGUGGUGCAGACUUUGGACGUCAUUCGGGACCUGUGUCCUGGUGACCCAGCUUAUGCUGCACAUGAAGUGCCAUUGGAUGCGAUGAUGGCCGAGACCAUCGUGCUGCCGCUGGGUUUGGGAACACUGCUGCUGAGGCUUAUGCUGCCGCUGAAAGUGCAAUCGGUUUUCCAGGUUCCCAUCAUCUUCCUGCUCACGGACUGCUGGAGCCUGGGUCUGGUCUUGACCAAGGUGAUCUGGCGCCUGGUACAAAGCGACGUGAUACUGCACAAUCUGCAUCGGGAGAUCGAGGCUGUGUGGGAGGAGGCUCAAGGCUCUCUGACGCACCUCUUCUUCAACUUGCGGGCCCACUGGCGUCUUUGGCGGAUGUUGGUGUUCCCCAUGCUGGAGGCUGUGGUGUUUCAUCUGGUGCUCCCCCGCACGGCGGUGCUCACCAUGCUGCAGUUCAUGGAGCCCGGUCAUGAGUACUUGAAAGCUGCGCUUCUCAUGUACUGCUACCACAUCGCCCUGACCCUGCGGAUAACGCUUUCAGCGCUUCCUCGGAUGAGACUCUGGCUCGGAGAGGUGCGCCAACAAAUUUUUGACAGCAAGUAUUUGAUUUCAACCGAGCUGCAGAAUUACCACCGUAUCGAAGAUCUGUCAGAUUCGCAGGACGAUGCUGCUGGGGACUCCCCCGGCUUGCCUGGCACAAGCUGA